GUAAUUACGUCACACGCCGCAGCCACCUACUCCUCCUUCUCAUCUUGGACCUGACCGGACAGAUUGUUCAGAUUCAGACGAACUUCGACCUCAAAUCAUCACCAGCCGAAUUUUCAGCUCCAGUCAUGGGGAACUGCCAGCCCACCAUUGUGCCCUAUGAGGACUUUGACGUUCUCGCUGACAUCAAGGCCAUCCGAAAAGCCUGCAAGGGACUUGGCACCGACGAGCAGGCCAUCAUCGACAUCCUGGCCAACCGCAGCUCAGAUCAGCGGCAAGAAAUCAAACAGGCGUACUGUGACAAGUACGAUGACGAGUUGGUGGAUGUGCUAAAGAGAGAGCUAUCGGGAAACUUUGAGAAGGCCAUCCUGGCUAUGCUAGACCCGCCCGUUAUCUACGCCGUCAAGGAGUUAAGAAGGGCAAUGAAGGGGGCGGGCACCGACGAGGACGUGCUGGUGGAGCUCCUGUGCACCGCCACAAAUUCUGAUAUUGCCUUGUUCAGGGAAUGCUACUUUCAAGUACACGAACGCGAUCUGGACGCCGACAUCGAGGGAGACACGAGCGGUGACGUGAGGAACUUGCUCAUGGCUCUCAUGCAGGGUAACCGAGACGAGAGCUACGAGGUGGACGAAGAGCUGGCAGAGCAGGACGCCACUUCUCUCUUUGAGGCGGGCGAGGGUCGCUUCGGGACGGACGAGUCUGCCUUUAGUUUCAUUCUGGCCUCGAGGAACUAUCUCCAACUCCAGGCCACAUUCAAGAUGUAUGAGCAGCUGUCCGGCACCGAAAUCCUAGACGCCAUCGAGAACGAAACUUCAGGCACGCUGAAGAGAUGCUACGUGGCUCUUGUGAGAGUCGCCAAGAACCCACAGCUCUACUUUGCCAGACGUCUAAAUGACGCCAUGAAGGGGGCGGGGACUGACGAGGACACACUCAUACGCAUCAUCGUAUGCCGCUCUGAGUUUGACCUGGAGACCAUCAAGGACCUGUACCUGGAGAAGUACGAUGUGUCCCUGAAGGACGCACUGAGGGACGAGUGCAGCGGUGACUUUAAGCGCCUCCUGCUUGCCAUCUGCCACUGAGGACCCCCCCCCCACCCCCCCCCACCCCCCUCCCUCCCUGCUCAAAUAUUUACCCUCAAACUUACUGUGACUUUAGGUUGCUUCUUGUCUUUUUUUUUUUUGUUUGUUUGUUUUUUAACCUGACCUUAAUCUUUGAGCACGUAGUUACUAACCAACUGAUCCCCCGGUUCAUUUUUAAACCAUUUUACGGCAUUUAUGUCGAAAGUGAAAAGGCCUGGACGUGUUCGAGAGUUGGAUAGGAUACAGCACAAGGAAAACACACAAAUCUCUUAUUCUCCAACUACUGAUAACAAGUCAGUUCUUUUUUGCUGCUGACUUUUCUGGUUAACAAUUUUGUGCACAAGAUGAAAGCCAGUAUCCCUAGACUGAGGUACAUCCGUGCUAAAAUAACGACCUCACUUUUGUGUACUACUGCGACAUGCACUGAACAAGCGACACAUUGCUGUUUGUACAUUUCUCACUGUUGUUUCUUCCCUCCACACGCAACGCGCCGCUGAUUGUAAACUACGCUCGCUACUCGUGACUUGAAAUCAAACCGCGGUGCAGAUGUGAUGGAAUUCACACUUUUUCCCCAUUUUUAUGCACUUUCAAGCAGCGCAGUUAAAAGGGGAUGACAAACUGCCAGUAAAGCUGUUUUGUGGACAAGACUAACUAACAAACUGCUGAAUCUUUCAGUAGAAAGUUAAAUGUGAAGUGAAGAAGUGGAGAAAUAUGGAGUGGAGAUUUCUUGAACAUUUUACCAGUCCUGGAAGUGCAUUUGAUGAAAGACCGCUUUAUGACGAGUUAAAUGAAGAGAAUUGAAGAGCGACCCUCGUGAGGAUAAGCGGCGCAGACAACGGGAGGAUAGAUGGAUUUAGUUUGUUUAUUUUUGUCGUAAGAAACUAUGUAUUGAUUUACAGAAAUUUGUACAUUUGUCCAAUAAUAACACACCAAGACUUGACAGACACCUCAUCUUA